CUUUAUGCCGGUUUAUGGACAUCGAUUCUUCGGUCACAUAUUACUUAUCUUUAAACUCUAUAGUUAAGCUAACCAAUUCAUCUUGUAACUUAUUUUGCAAGUAAGUUAAACAUCAUGUCAAUGGGCAAUGAUGUUAUUGAGACGAGGAAAGAUGCGGACGGGAAAAAUAAAAAUAAAAUUUUUUGCACAUUCUGCCCCUCAAAAAUACUUAAUGCUGGGGUUGCCAGAUUAAUAAACAUGGAAUUUGCCUUGCCUUAUGUACAUUGUAAGGGAGAAGGUGAAGGUAAUCAAACAGAAUCCAUUUCAGAUUACUGGUUAAUAGAAAACAUGUUUACCUUUGAAAAUAUUGGUGUGUCACAUACAGUAGAUAAGGUCAAGUACUUAGCUUGUGCUGAUUGUGAAAGAGGUCCGGUAGGAUGGCAUGAUGUUUCUACCAGAAAGUCUUAUAUCGCAUUGUGUAGAGUGAAACAUGAAUGAGAAAAUAUAGAGAAAUAUACUUAAUAAUAAGAUAAUUUUAUAGUCAAUGCUAGCAUGAGUAUACAAAGAAAAUUUUAUAUCGAUGCAAGAAUAAGAUAAUAUUUAUGUAAAACUAUAUGUAAGCAGAUAACUACAAAACAUGCAAUAUGUGUGUAUAAAAAACUAUUCUAGGUUCUAACAUCUAAAUAAAUUUAAUUUUUUAAAUAUUUGUCAAAUAAUCCUACUUUUAAGAAAGCUGUAUCUAUAAUGAUAAA